AGUUCUAAUGAAGACAUUGUACGUAAAAUGUAAAAUGUGACGUUUACUGUUUUUACUUCUUAGGAAGUAAUAUAAUUAAAUAAUAAUUCAAGCAAAUAACAACAUCAUAACAUCAACUACAAUCUACGUAAAACAUGCAAAUGGACUUUAGAAGAACAAUUCAUUUAAACAUUCGUAGAUAUGAUUUAUCUGAAAAUCCAGAUGUUUUGAAGAAAACUAUAGAGUUGUCUUCGUAUAUUGAUUGUAAUAAUCUAAAAGGGGAAUUACAAAAACUGUUUGAUAUAAAUGAUGAAAAAGUAAUUAAAAUUCGUAACAAAGAUGGAGUACUCGUACCAAUUUCAUUUUUACUUGAUUCCAAAGAUAAUUCCUUUUUCAUCGACAUAACAAAAGUUUCAUAUAUUGAUAAAAAUUGUGCCAGUUUGCUCCAAGAUGCGUAUGUAGAUGCAGUUAAACAGAAAAUAAGAACUUUGGAAUCAAGAAUUGCACAGUCUGAACUUCUGCUACCACAGUUAGAGUGGCGACGUCAAGCUUACAUGGAGGACACCGUCAGCGCUUUGACCAAUAAAGUAGCAUUUUUGAACCGCAGGUUUGAUGAGCUUUCACCUCAGUUUAGGGCCAAAUUUCCUGAAACUAUAGCUUGAAUACAAUCUUAGGAUUGCCAAAUAUGUAAUUUGGCCUUUCCUUAUUAUUACUGAAGAUAUAAAUGUUUAAAUGUUUGAAAUUAAAAAUGUUUUCCGUUAUAUAGAAUUACCUUCACAUAUAUGUAUGACCUUUUUUAUGCACGAUGUGAGUAAAUAUGAAGAAAUGAUAAAUAAUAAUUUAGGAAUGGUAAGUGUAAUAUAAAUAAUGUAUUUUUUUGUUGUAUAUUAUCCAUCUGA